AAAAUCACACCCGCGGAGCACGCGAGCGAGAGAGAGAGAGAGAGGCGGUUCAUCCCUGCGCCGCGGAGCAUAUUCCCCGCCCGGAUCCCCCCUCCCGCUCCCCUUCUCCGCGAGCAUAUACGUGCCGCCCUCCCGGGGAGAGCGAGGAGAGGAGAGAGAUUGGUUAUAGGACAGCAUGUGUUCUUGACGAGAGUUCUUCUUGCUGGGUCCAAUCCCAAGAUUGAUCUAUAUUCUAUAUAUGGCUCUUUAUAUAGAAUCUUAUCUUGAGAUGGAAUGGUCAUCCUAGCUCCAUGGAACUCUAACAAGAACAAUUUAUUACAUGAUGAAGCUCUAGCAUCAUGCUGUCCUAGGUUUAUUUGGCAGUUUCUUUAGGUUAGCAAAACAGUUUUAGAUAGUAGAGAUGAUGUUUCAUCCAAGCUUUGCACCAAUUCUCCAUGUGGAGAUAGAACUGUAAUUACACCAGACUUGUAAUCUUAUUAGGAACAAUAUUAGCUGUACCAUUAGAGGUGAAACAGCCCAGAAUAGUGUUGCCUUGGUGAAAGACUGGUACAAAGCAGUUCAGCAGUCUACCUGCUUUUAUCAGUUUCAUGGAGUCAUCGAUAUCUCCACCAGGCACAUCAAAGCAAGCAGGUCUUCGUAGACCUUCUCCUGGAAGCUCUCUUAAGGACCUGUGUCUUGUUUCUAAGCAAGGAUCAAUAGCUGAAGUGGAAUCUGCUUUAGCCUUGUUGAAAAAGAGUGGUGGAAACAUUGAUGGUAGAAAUGCAUUUGGCCUUUGUGCUCUCCACCUUGCAACAUGGAGAAAUCAUCUGCCAAUUGUGAGGAGGCUCCUUGAUGCUGGUGCUGAUCCGGAUGCAAGGGAUGGAGAAUCUGGCUGGAGCAGCCUGCACAGAGCACUUCAUUUUGGCCACUUGUGUGUUGCUAGUGUUCUGCUGCAGUUUGGAGCAUCCCUUGCUUUGGAGGACACCAAGGGACGGACACCUGUCGAUCUUCUCUCAGGCCCUGUAUCACAGGCCAAUGGAGAUUCUUCUGACUCAGUUGCAAUGGAAGUCUUCAGUUGGGGAAGUGGAACAAAUUAUCAGCUGGGUACAGGCAAUGCCCACAUACAAAAAUUACCAUGUAAAGUAGAUGCCUUGCAUGGGUCACACAUCAAAACAGUUGCUGCAUCAAAGUUCCACAGUGUAGCAGUUAGUUCUGAUGGUGAUUUAUACACAUGGGGAUUUGGUCGAGGUGGUCGUCUUGGUCAUCCAGAUAUUCAUAGUGGCCAGACAACUGCUGUGAUUACUCCUCGCCAAGUAACAGUAGGAUUAGGCCGUAAACGAGUGAAUGUUGUGGCAGCAGCGAAACAUCAUACUGUGAUUGCUACAGAAGCUGGGGAGUUGUUUACAUGGGGAUCAAAUAGAGAGGGUCAGCUUGGUUACCCUUCUGUGGAUACCCAACCAACACCACGGCGUGUUAUUUCCCUCAAAGCAAGGAUUAUUUCUGUGGCUGCUGCAAAUAAGCACUCAGCUGCUGUUGCUGAGACUGGUGAAGUGUUCACCUGGGGUAGCAAUAAGGAGGGACAGCUAGGCUAUGGCACUUCUAAUUCAGCAUCCAACUGCAUUCCAAGAAUGGUCGAGUACUUGAAAGGAAAAGUAUUUAAAUGUGUAUCUGCAGCAAAGUAUCAUACUGUAGCAUUAGGGACUGAUGGCGAGGUGUUUACUUGGGGUCAUCGACUUGUGACUCCACGCCGUGUUGUAAUUUCUAGAUGUCUUAAGAAGGGUGGAAACACAAAUCUGAAGUUCCAUCGUAUGGAGCGACUUCAGGUGAUCUCGGUGGCUGCUGGGGUGAGGCACACUACUGUUCUAACAGCAGAUGGUGCUAUUUUCUACUGGGUUUCAUCAGACCCUGAUUUAAGAUGCCGACAGAUGUUCUCUAUGUGUGGAACGAAUGUUGUGAACAUCUCAGCUGGAAAGUACUGGACUGCAUUGGCUACAUCAGGUGGUGAUGUUUUUAUGUGUGAUGCAAAGAAACUUAAGGAUGAAAUCCCAAUGUUUACUCGAGUGCAUGGUGUUAAGCGAGCAACAUCAGUUUGUGUUGGUGAAACACAUAUGCUUGUGCUUUCUAGCAUAUACCAUCCUGAGUACCCACCCAAACCCAAAAUCCAAGGCAAGAAAGCCAUAUUAGAAUGGAAUGGUGGGAUGGAAGAAUUGGAUGAAGACGUCAUGUUUAAUGAUGUUCAGUCUGACAGUGGUAUAUCUGUAGGCAAUAGUGUAAUCAGAAAGGGAGCACCUAGUCUGAAGAGCCUAUGUGAGAAAGUUGCAAUUGAGCAUAUUAUGGAACCAAAGAAUGCUAUACAACUUCUUGAAGUUGCCGAGUCCUUGGAAGCUAAGGAGCUCAAGAAGCACUGCGAGGAUAUAGCUAUUCGCAAUCUUGAUUACAUUUUCACAGUGGCAUCUCCAUCAAUUAUGAAUGCUUCUCCUGACGUUCUUGCAAACUUAGAGAGAUUGCUCGAUGAAAAGUCCUCAGAGCCAUGGAGUUAUCGUCGCCUUCCCACAGUGACAGCUACUUAUCCUGCUGUCAUUGAUAGUGAUGGAGAGGGAGAUGAAGGAGGAUUUCUUAGGCUCAGGGACAGUCAGAAGUCUGCAUCGAAGUCAUAUGGAAUAUCAAGUUAUGACAGCUUCCUGGAAAAAGAUAGCAAUGUUGGACAAGCCGCCUCUAAGCAGAUCAGGGCACUUCGCAAGAAACUCCAGCAGAUUGAAAUGCUCGAGGCUAAACAACUUGAUGGUCAUCAGCUUGAUGAUCAGCAGCUAGCAAAGCUUGAGUCAAGGGCUGCCCUUGAAAGUGAACUUGCAGAACUUGGGGUUCCCACAGAUGUAUAUUUAAGAACUCCAGUUUGUGUUGCGGAAGGGAAGGCAAACAGAAAAUCUAAUAUUUCUAAGAAACAGAAACGGAAAAACAAGCAGGCAGCACAGUAUGAUACUCCCUUGGUUAAAAGUGAGGACAGGGAGCAAAACUCUCUCAAGGAUCCUCCGGAAGUCUUACCAGCCCAUAUUUCCACAGAAAAGCAGGAAGCAAGUGCUGCUGAUGCAAUCAAACCAUCAGAGCAUGUCACUUUCAAUAGCACAAAGACCAUCUCUUGUCCACUGGAAAACAAAGCUUCCCAGCCAACUUCAUCAAAGAAGAAGAAUAGGAAAGGUGGCCUGUCGUUGUUUCUGAGUGGUGCUCUAGAUGACACCCCAAAACCAAGCCCGCCUACACCUGUUGUGGUUGUCGCACCAAAGCACGAAGGUCCUGCCUGGGGUGGGGCUAAGAUAACAAAGGGAUCUGCUUCCCUUCGAGAUAUUCAAAGCGAGCAGAGGAAAACGAACGAGCCGAUCAUGGCCAAGUCAAAAGAUCGCUCUGAGGGCUCACCUGAUAGUGCUGGCCGAGUGCGACUCUCUUCGUUUAUACCUGAUGCACGUUCGACACCAAUAGCUGUCACACCUGCUCGGGCAGUGCCUGCUUCGGAAGGGGAUAAAAGCACGCUAUCCUGGUCUUCUUCUGCUACCUCACCUAGUGUGUCGCGGCCUUCUCUCAGGGACAUACAGAUGCAACAGGAGAAAAGGCAAACUGGCAUCUCCUUCAGUCCAAAAACCAGGACAUCGGGAUUUUCUAUACCCUCCCAGGGUGUGGCGUCUGAGGUUGGUGGCAUGAAGGACAAUGUUCCCAACCGCUGGUUCAAGCCAGAGGCCGAUGCUCCAUCGUCGAUUCGCUCAAUCCAAAUCGAGGAGCAGGCGAUGAAGGACUUCAGGCGCUUCUAUAGCAGCGUCAAGAUUGUCAAGCCACAGGUCCAGUGAUGGCCAUGACCAUGGCAGCAUCUCUCAAGAGUUACUGAUCUCUCUUAGGCUCACAUCACAUUUUAAUGGUUCGAUGUACAUUCAAAUGUACAGUCAGUUUCACCCCCCAACAAUAGGUUUUUUUAGUCAAAUAAAGCUCAAACCUUUCUUUGCUUUCGUUUUCGCAGAAGUGAUCUCAUCUAUAGCUGUUCCAGAUGGAUGUAUAGGCUGUAUGAGAUCACACUUUUGCUUGGCUUAACUUCUGGCAAUGCCUUUUUUUUCAUAAAACUAUGGUGCAUUUGCACUGUUACUUGCUAAUUUGUUUAUUCAUUUCAACACUUUACCCCAUGCUUCUGUCAUUCUUUGGUUAACUUAUGGAUGUGAAAAAUAUUUAACCAAUAUUACAGCAUAUAUACUGCUUCAAGUUAAUUUUUG